GGGAAAGUCUGCAUUUCCUGUACUGUGCGGUUCUCGCAGGUUGUUUGGGGAUUCCUUUUUACCACAUCGAAAAACAUGGCUUCUUCUUUAACGUUGUUGUCCUUCAUCUUCCUGUUCUGCUUCUUCUUCACCGCUCCUCUGUUUUUCUGCAACGCUUACCCUGCACACCGCCACCAUAACCACCCUCGUUUCGCUUCUCAUGACUACAGAGAUGCCCUCACUAAGUCCAUCCUCUAUUACGAGGGUCAGAGGUCUGGGAAACUCCCUAGUAACCAGAGGAUUUCUUGGAGGAGAAACUCUGGGCUUUCUGAUGGGUCUGCAAUGCAUGUUGAUUUGGUCGGAGGGUACUAUGAUGCCGGGGACAAUGUGAAGUUUGGUUUUCCGAUGGCGUUCACCACCACAAUGCUGUCGUGGAGUGUGCUCGAGUUUGGUGGAUUGAUGAAGGGCGAGCUGCAGAAUGCAAGAGAAGCCAUUCGCUGGGCUACUGAUUAUCUUCUUAAAGCCACUGUUCAUCCAGACACUAUUUAUGUCCAGGUUGGAGAUGCGAACAGAGACCAUGCGUGUUGGGAGAGGCCGGAGGAUAUGGACACCCCAAGAAGCGUGUUUAAGGUUGACAAGAACAAUCCCGGGACUGAGGUUGCCGCUGAAACUGCGGCUGCACUGGCCGCGGCGUCUUUAGUUUUCAGAAGAUGUGACCCCACUUACUCCAAGCUGUUAAUCAGGAGGGCCAUUAGGGUGUUUGCAUUUGCUGAUAAGUACCGAGGAUCUUACAGUAAUGGGUUGCGGAAAUACGUUUGCCCCUUCUAUUGCUCCUUCUCUGGGUACGAGGAUGAGCUUUUGUGGGGAGCUGCUUGGCUGCACAAGGCGACCAAGAACACUGCUUAUCUCAACUACAUUCAGCGAAACGGUCAGACCCUCGGCGCGGCGGAGACAGAUAACACAUUUGGUUGGGAUAACAAACAUGUCGGAGCAAGAAUCCUGCUUUCGAAGGCUUUCCUCGUACAGAGGAUUCAGACUCUUCAUGACUACAAAAGCCACGCCGAUAACUACAUUUGUUCUUUAGUUCCCGGGACGCCAUUGACUCAGGCUAAGUAUACACCGGCGGGGCUUCUCUUCAAGAUGAGCGACAGUAAUAUGCAGUAUGUGACCUCCACCGCCUUCCUACUCGUAACCUACGCCAAAUACUUAACCUCCGCACAUUCCUCCGUUAAUUGCGGCGGCGUCAUUGUUACCCCCAAGAGACUGCGCAACGUGGCCAAGAAACAGAUUGAUUAUCUGCUGGGAGAUAAUCCGUUAAGAAUGUCGUAUAUGGUCGGUUACGGUCCCAGGUUUCCACAGAGAAUCCACCACAGAGGCUCAUCCUUGCCGUCCGUGGCCACCCACCCGGCCAAGAUCCAGUGCAAUUCUGGAUUCCGCGUCAUGAGCUCUAACGCCCCCAACCCUAACAUUCUUGUCGGCGCCGUUGUCGGUGGGCCCGACCAGCAGGACCGGUUCCCGGACCAACGCUCCGACUACGAACAGUCGGAGCCGUCAACUUACAUCAACGCGCCCCUCGUCGGAGCUCUGGCGUAUCUCGCCCACUCAUUUGGCCAACUUUAGAAGCCGCUAAGCUAGAAGAUGAUCAAGUGAAUUUCUUAUGUUAAUCAACUAUAUUUACUACUAAUUAAUCUGUAUCUUGAAUAGCAAAAAUGGUGUAUUGGACCAAACCCAAGACACCUUGAGCACAGUGAUCAAGGUUUAACACCAUUUAUAUAUCUCUAAUCUGUAUUAUUAAUCUCAUCAAUCUUAUCCCAUCUUUUUAAAAUCCUUAUUUUUGUUUGGAGCU